GACGACAGCAAGAAAAUGCUGAAGAUGCUGAGGACACUGAGAUUCACUGCCGCCGUUUUGAAGCCACCUUUCCUCUCGUCCGGUGCAUACGGUGCACGGUUUAUCAGCAACAACAUGGCAGGACUAACUGACGAAGAAGCUAUCCGUUGCUGUGCAGAGCCUGACCCAAGCACAAAUGACUUCAUAAUGCAGCAGACAAUGUUCAGAAUUAAAGACCCCAAGGUGUCCCUCGAUUUUUACACAAGAGUUCUAGGAAUGAGACUUCUUCAAAAGCUGGACUUUCCUGACAUGAAGUUCUCCUUGUACUUCAUGGGCUUUGAAAAGGCAGAAGACAUCCCGAAAGAUAAGAAAGCUCGCACAGAAUGGACUUUCAGUCGCAAAGCGACCAUUGAGCUAACGCACAACUGGGGAACGGAAAAUGAUCCAGACUUCAAGUAUCACAACGGAAACUCGGAACCCCGUGGUUUCGGCCAUAUUGGAAUUAUGGUGCCUGAUGUCGCGAAAGCCUGCCAGAGGUUUGAAGAACUCAAGGUCAAGUUUGUAAAGAGGAUGCAGGAUGGAAAAAUGAAGACUAUCGCAUUUAUUCAAGAUCCCGAUGGCUACUGGAUAGAGAUCCUGAACAACAAGAGUGUAACCGGUUGUUAAUAUGGUUUGAUGAAUACAUCUGUUUGUUACAAAAUAA